GUGUCAAAAUCUAGUGUUAAAAAACAAGUGGACCAAGGGCAAGUUAGAAAAAGGCAGCAAGACAAACCCAAAGACAUUGAAACCAUGAGGCGAGGUACUUUGAAAUCAAAAGCAGGUUUCACUCUCUACACACAUUGUUCUGAUACAGUGAAGCAAACCAAGCCUCCAGUUCCCAAAUCUUUGGCGAGCAACCUGAAGCAGAUUCAAGGUGAGAAUGAGGUUGAAGAUCAGUUCUUGCAGCAACCAGAUGUGGUUUCACAGAUGCAAAUUCAGAACGCACUGACAAAGCCUGGGGAUGUUUCAAGUAUAAUGAUUCCAACUGGAGACAUUGAAU